GUGACCUGCAUUUCAAAGUGGGUCCGGAUGGGAUGAGUGGGCAGCCCCUCCUCUGGGAGCGCUUCCCCCUGCUCUGGUCCGGCUGCAGACUCAGCCACGGAGUCCACUCAGGGAAGGUCAGCUUUGAGGUCAAGUAUGUGCAGAGGCUGGUGUCUUCGUCCCAGGAGGAGUGGAGGAAGCUGGAUGCGGAGCCCUGUGUGCUGCGGGUGGGCUGGUCCACAGACGAAACCAGCUUACAGCUUGGUGAGACUGAGGGGUCAUAUGCGUUUGACAGCCGAGGCAGGAAGGUGAACAAGGGGAGGAGGGAGGACUUUGGGGAGCCGUUUUCAGAGGGCGACAUCAUCGGCUGCUAUGCGUGGGUGAAGGACUCGGGCCAAUCAGAGCUGUCCUUCUUCAAAAAUGGCCGCCCGCUGGGUGUGGCCUUUCGACUGCCCGCAUCCCGCCUGAAGGGUCGCACGCUGUACCCCCACGUUCUGUGCAAGAACUGCUCUGUGUCCUUGAACCUUGACCCCCUGGGGUCGCCGCCAUGGUACCAGGGUCCCAUUGGGUUCACCCCCCUCCACACUCUUCAGCCCCACCAGAGGAGUGCGGCUCCGCGCCCCCCUCCAUCCAGAGAGGAGUGUGAGGUGGUGUUGAUGGUGGGGUUGCCGGGUGUGGGGAAGAGCCACUGGGCCCAGGCUCACCUGGCUCAGCACCCAGAGAAGCGCUACACCCUGCUGGGCACCGACGCCCUGAUGGCCUGCAUGAGGACCACGGAAGUUGAGAGCGAUGCUACAAGGCAACUGGUCCUCCAGCAGGCCACUCAGUGUGUGACGGAGCUGAUCAGGGAGGCAGCAGGCAGGAGAGGAAACUACAUCCUGGACCAGGCCAAUGUGUACGCCUCAGCGCGGCGCCACAAGAUGCUCCUGUUCAGCGGGUUUCGGCGGAGGGCGGUGGUGGUCUUCCCCUCGGAGCAGGACUGGAACGCGCGGCGGGUACAGCAACAACGGGAGCGGGGCAGCGCCAUGACACAGGAGAACCUACUGAAGAUCAAAGUGAGUUUCACGCUGCCGGAGGUGGGAGAUCUGUUGGAGGAGGUGGUGUUUACGGAGCGGCCCCGAGAGGAGGCACAGAGGCUGCUGGCAGCCUACAAGGAGGAGGCGCGAGAGGUCCUCCCCACGCCGCCCAAACGCAAGAAGCAGAAGUACAAACACAAACCCAAUCACUGCAGACCCCCUGCACAUGGCUGGAAGACCUGGAACGCCCCAUACAGAAGGGACCCAGGCUGGACGGGCCCGCCUCCCCCUGUCCCCUCACCAUACUGGGGGCCUCCAUCAUGUACCAGACAGGACAUGUAUGACCCCAUGAGACCACGGAACUGCUAUGGCUGCUAUGGCUCACAGUGGAAUGCAUUCUAUGGAGCCACAGCACCUUUCGUUGACCGCAGCAACACUGCCCUGGCCUACUGGUGAAGUGCCGCUACAAAGCCCUGACAAACCUUCAGUGAGCACAACUACACAAGCCCUGGAUAUGACCCACGAGACGCUGCAUCAGCCAAACGU